UGUUGAAAAUGGCGGAGGGGAGAGAGCUACGCGACAAAGAGUCAAAUAUUAGUAAACCGUGAAUGACAAUUUCAAAGGCGCAAAUUGGGUUUCGUAAUAACUUAAUUUUUGAAGGAGAUACGGAGUAAUGUAUAGCUGAAAACAGCGACAUUAUUUUGAAACUGGCUUUGAAUUAGCUAACAUUGCUAAUCUCGCUAGCUUCAAUAGUGUGAUUUUUACUCGCAGGCUUGUUUGUCAACAUUAGCCAACAACCAUGUUCUCCCUGGCUUGUGUCAAACUACAGCGCCAGACCACACUAUCCAUAGCGUGUGGAAGACAUUGAUUCAUGGAGCGGCAGAACAGAAAACCAAGGCACCCGAACUAGCUGGCACUGGCCGCCCAAUUUACGGGCUUUACUGUAAAAUAUUUACAUCCGAAUUAGCCAAUUUAUGCAUGGAAAUUGAGCGUCUAACUUUAAURAACGACCGAUUGCAUUGGAAUUGAAUAAAUACAGAAGAUAAACACCAACGUAUACGGAGAUUUAGGCAGGUCCAGCUCGCUACCUCCUCCCCCAGUGGGAUGGUGCUGCAUGACAGGGAGGCCUUGGCGCCGUAGCCCCCUCUCCUGGAUCCUGCCCACCCCACCACCACCCCCCUCAGAGCAGAGGACCACCACCACAGCAGCCCCGCCCAUGAGUCACCCUCUGGAGCCCUAGAUCAAGUGUCCUGAAGCUCAGAAUGAGUGCUGUAGGGGAAAGUGCCCUGGAUCCUACCACGCCAGAGUCCCGCAAGAGGAAGGGCUCACCAUGCGACACCUCAGAGCAGAGUGUGGAGAAGCGGCGGCGGGAGCUGGAGUGUCGUUACAUAGACGAGCUGGCCGAGCUCCUGUCUGCCAACUGGGCGACAUCGCCACGCCUCAACGUCCAGCCAGACAAGUGUCACAUCCUCAAGAGCACCGUGGACCAGAUCCAGCAGAUCAAACGGCGCGAGCAGGAGAAAGCGGCUAUGAUGUCACCGGAAGACGAGGUGCAGAAGAGUGACAUCUCGUCCAGUAGUCAGGGGAUGGUGGAGAAAGAGGCUCUGGGGCCACUGCUGCUCGAGGCUCUGGACGGCUUCUUUUUUGUGGUGAACCGCGAGGGCCGGAUGGUGUUUGUGUCGGAGAAUGUGACGGGUUACCUAGGCUACACCCAGGAAGAGCUGAUUACCUCCAGCGUCUACAGCAUCCUCCAUGUGGGAGACCACGGCGAGUUUGUCCGCAACUUGCUGCCCAAGAGCCUCGUGAACGGGGUGCCGUGGCCCCAGGAGCAGAGUCGGAGGAACAGUAACACAUUUAACUGCCGGAUGCUAAAGAGGCCUCCUGAUGAGGUGGACUCAGAGAACCAGGAGGCACGGCAGCAGUACGACAUCAUGCAGUGUUUUACUGUCUCCCAGCCCAAAGCCAUGCUGGAGGAGGGAGAUGACCUGCAGAGCUGCCUGAUCUGCAUAGCCUGCCCGAUGCCCCGCCCCCAGCAGCUACCCGCCAUCCGCACUGAGUCCUUUAUCACCAAACAGGACCCCACAGGGAAGAUCAUCUCCAUAGAGACCAGUGCUCUGCGGGCGACGGGGCGACCGGGCUGGGAGGACCUGGUCAGGAAGUGUAUCUACGCCUUCUUCCAGCCGCAGGGCAAAGAACCCUCCCACGCCAAGAAGCUGCUCCACGAGGUGAUGACUCAUGGCACGGCCAUCAGCCCUCUUUACCGGUUCAACCUGAGCGAUGGGACCCCCCUCAGCGCUCAGACCCGCUGCAAGUUCUGCUGCCCCCCUAACCAUGACGUUCAGCCCUUCAUCAUGGGCAUUCACACUAUCGACAGGGAACACAACACUGCUAGCUCUCAGGAAAACACUAACUCCAGCCUUCUACUGACCCAUAGGAGCCCUGCUCCCUCCCACUCCCCUGCCCUUCCCUCGGGCAGCGAGGCCAGCCAAGCCCCAGGCCCCACCUUGGGCCUCCAUCUCAACAAUGGCAAAAGCUCCAGCACCACCGCCCCCACCACACCCACCAGCCAUUCAGCAGGGUACCUGACGCCCAACCGGAUGUGUCCUCAGCAGGUCAACAGCCCCUCGCCCCUGGGAAGCCCCCUCACUGCCACCCCUACCUCAUUCAUGUCGCCCAGGCCCCCCAGGGCCAGUCCGGGGCUGGGCGGCAGCCCGCGCGUCCCAGGGAACCCCUUCUCCCCUUCCACUCCUGGCCUGCACUCUCCGGCAGGGGCCUUAGGAGGUGGAGGUGGUGGCGGGGGCGGUGGAAUCCUCAGCCGGCACCACUCUGGUGGGGACGGUGGAMCAGGGACCCCCCUGGGUUUCUCUCUGCCCUCCCCUUUACCUCAGAGGCAGGCCAGCACCCCCACCAGCUCCCCAGCGCGCCCUCCCCCCGCCAAGCCCCCCGAGGGAGGAGGAGGAGGUGGGGGCGGAGAGGACCUGGCUAAAGGAAAACUAGGGGGGAACCCCAAACUCAACCAGCCCCUGGACAAUGGCGGAGUGGGGGUGCCUAGGGACCCCAAAAACACAUCUACCAAACCCACCUCCAUCCCUCAGUGCCCGGCCUCCCACAGCACGCUGACGGAGCGCCACAAGAUCCUCCACCGCCUCCUGCAGGACAGCAGCCCGGCUGAGGGCAGCAACGGCAAGGAGUCUGAGAUCAAGAAGGAGCCUGCCAGCCCUGCCACCGCCAACCCCAACGGACCCCCCACCACCCCRCAGGACCACCAGCUGCUGCGCUUCCUCCUGGACACGGAUGAGAAGGACCUGAGAGACCUGCCCCCUCCGGCCGCUCUCAGCCUGCAGACGGUCCGGGUCAAGACUGAGAAGAGGGCCACCGGGGACACUACGCCCUGUGCUGCAGCCUGCGCCAGCCCCAAGCCCAAACCGAGCCCUGCAGACAGCAGGCCGUCCAGAGACCCGUUCCCCAGUGGAUCUGCUGACCUGGACCCUCUAAGCCAGCUGCUGCCCACCCUCAGGGGCCCCGCAGGGGCCAAGCAGGGCAGCGAGGAGCAGGGUGGUCCCCAGACCCAAGCCCUGUCGUCCCAUAGCCAAACCCAACCUCAACCACGGCUCCAUUCACCUCCACAGCCUCAGACACAGCCUUGGCUCCAAUCACCUCUUCAAACCAAACCUCAGAACCAUCUCCAGCUUCAGUGCCCUACCCAGCUUCAGUGCCCUACCCAGCUUCCGUCACCUACCCAGCUUCCGUCACCUACCCAGCUUCAGUCCCCUACCCAGCUUCAGUCCCCUACCCAGCUUCAGUCCCCUACCUUACUUCAGUCCCCUACCCAGCUUCAGCCCAGUGGGGCAAACAUUGUCAAGGCCGUGACCGUGAAGAGGGAGCCUCCCGGAAGACCAAGCCGAGGGCUCACUGAUGGCUCCAGCCUGCAGAACCAGUCACACUUUGACUUCUGCAGCCCCAGCCAGAGACCGGGACAAGGGGAGCUCUUCCAGACACCCAAAGACAGCAGCAGCCCCUUUAAAGAGCAUGGACUAAUGAACUCAUUUAACUCCAACACCGCGUUGUCUAAGAUGGAGACAGACUCUCAGCAGUUCCAGACCCUGGCCCUGACUGAGACUCUGUCCUUUGAUGGAGGCAUGGGAAACCCUGUGCAAGCCUCUCUGGCCUCCCCUCAGGAGCAGUGUGUCCCGUGCCCGCUGGAUGAGCUGCUGUGCCCCCCCACCACCCCCGAGGGGCGUAAUGACGAGAAGGCCCUCCUGGACCAGCUGGUGUCCUUCCUGAGUGGCACAGACGAGAGCGAGCUGGCUGAGCUGGACCGAGCCCUGGGCAUCGACAAGCUGGUGAAGGGCGGCUGCUUCGACCCCGUCCCUCAACGGUUCCCCUCCCAGCCUCCUGCCACCACCCCCAUCUCCAUGGACCCCAAGCUGCCCGGCUACCCCUCUCAGUUCAACCCCGGCCCCCCUGCCCAGUUCCCUCCAGAGAUAGCAGGGGUGCAGAGUAUGGGGGGCUUCGGUGCACCCAGGGGUGCCUUCCCUGGGGGCAUGAUGCUGAGGCCUGGCAUGGGCAGAGCGCCUGGCAUGACCAACCAGCUCCGGCUGCCUCCCAACCAGCUGAGGUUACAGCUGCAACAGAGGCUGCAGGGCCCACAGCAGCUGCAGAACAGGCUGGCUGCCAUGAGCCCGUUCCCAGGGGAAGCUCACAUUUCCAUGGGGAUGCGUCAGGGAGGGAAGCAGCCUCAGAUGCCCUCUCAGCCUCCUCUGAACGCCCAGAUGCUGGCCCAGAGGCAGCGGGAGCUCUAUAGCUUCCAGCACCGCCAGAGACAACUCCUGCAGCAGAAGGUCAUGUUGAUGAGGCAGGGCAUGGGGGGCGGGGGGCCUAUGGGGGCCACCAGGGGACAAACAGGACCCCAGCCACAGCAACAACAGUUUGGCUACCUUCCAGGCUACAGCCCCAUGCCAGGGAAUCCACCCAGCUCCCCCAGCCUAUUCAACCCCAUGGGAGGGACCCAGGACCCCAAGUUGUCGGGCCAGAGCCCUAUGGGCAGCCAAGCAACUAUGAUGGGGGGGAUGCAGGGACAGUUUGGGGGGGCGGUGAACUCGGCGGUGCAGCCUGUGCUCUUCCAGCAGUUUGGAGGACCAGGUAUGGUCCAGCAAGGAGACCCCUCGUUCCCUACAGAGCUCAGCCCCACCAGUCCCCUGCUGUCCCCUCAGAACUCCACCUCCCAGAGUCCUCUGCUCCAGCAGGCCCAGCCUCCUGGGUACCAGUCACCUGACAUGAAGAGUUGGCAGCAAGCUGGCAUGGGCGGAAACAGCUUGUUCAGCCAGUCUGGUCAGACGACGCCCCAGGCCUUUGAGCAACAGGGGGUCUACAACAACAUGAGUAUCACUGUGUCAAUGGCAGGAGGCUCAGGGGGGGUGGGCUCGCUACCUUCCAUUGGACCACCUGUUGGCAUGGGCAACAGUAACCUUGGCGACAUCAACUCCAUGUGUAACGAUCAGGUACAGCAGGUUCAAGUGUUUGCCGACGUCCAGUGUACAGUGAACCUGGUGGGCAGCGACUCCUACCUGAACCAGUCGGGGUCCAUAGGCACCCAGAAGGGCCCCCAGGGGCCUCAGAGCAGCCAGUCCCAGCAGAAGAGCCUCCUCCAGCAGCUCCUCACAGAGUGACUUCUCAGCUCAGCCGCCUGCCAGGAGAGAGGUGCUCCACAGACCACCAACCUCUUCUCUUUCUCACCUUUGGUUUUAGACACCUGCCUGCCGGACUGGUUAGGAGGGCCCUGGGAUGGAGACUGAGGUCCAGGUAAGAGUGUGUCUGUCUACCUGCCUGCCUGCCAGCCAGCCUCAGCCCAUACCGUACCAUAAGGCAGCAGCGAUCGUUCAGCGCUCAUUCCUGGUUACCUACUUUCAACACAAAGUCUGCUUUCUGUUCUGAGAAAGGAAUCAGCUUCCGGUUUUGCCAAGUCGUCGUGGUUGUCAAAAGAGGAUCUGGUUCCUAAUUGCUCGUUCCGUCAGGCCAUCGCAGCAGUGCGUCUUGGGAGUGCGAUCAACAUGCAGCUGAGCUCAGCUGUGGGUGGUUAACCCGUCGUCUCAACUUUUGCUCUAGCGUGGGGUGGCGUUUUGGGGACAACGUUUUGGGAAUGUUAGGUUUUUAACCUCUGCAGUGGGAAGCUCAGUUUCAGCUGGAUCUGUGACUGACUAGCUCUCUCCAUUGCAGUGCCUGAUGGGAGGAAAUUCCCAGCUCUCGUUUUUUGUUUUUGUUUCUCUGUUCUCGUCGUCUGCGUCGUCAGGACAACAAGCAGCACGGCCGGGAUGGGAUGGGAGAUUGCGCUGCUCUGCUCAGUUGGCAACACCGUCUUUCACAUUUUCAAACCACCAGACUGUUAAAGUAACUGUCUGUCUUACACAUUUUUCUCCCCAGCAGCUGUGAAUAUGAGCCAUGUUGGGCUCUCCUUGGCCUAUCAGUAUUGUUUGUCAUGUGUAACCGUGCAGGUGGUAUUGUACAGCACAGAUGGACACAAAUUGGGAUGAGUUCACACUUUCUACUUUCCUUUCAAAGGCAUCAUUUAAUUACUCUAAAAUGCAACUGUCAUUUUUAGCUCAAACUAUACAUUGUGAUUCAAUGCGGUUUUCUACCGUUUUUUUAUUUGAGAGUAACUUGUCAGUUAUUAUAAUUUUUUAAGGCGAUAUUUGGCAUUAUGAAAAUGUAACUCUGCUAAAUGUGCUCUGUUUUCUGUAAUGUGAAAAAAGAAAAUCUCGGUAUAAGAAUUUGAUUGAUUUUAGAAAUGGCUAGCUCUGCUCUUUUGGCAUCCCUUUGAAUGUUUUAAUCCCCUUAAAUGAACCUCAAAACAAACAAGAAUGGAUUAUCAAUAUUACACAACGACAUGAAUAGGUCGUAAUUCGUAACCUUAGAACUUCUUCACUAAGAAGUGAUGGACGUUGAAUGGGGUGUUUUCUUGGAAACACAGUGCUCUCUCUCCUCCAACUCUCUGCCCGUGAUGUCAUUCCACUGGCCACACACUACAGCUCUUUUUGACUGCUCAUGUGACUACUGUUGCCCAGUCAGACACUGUCUAUCAGCACUAACCUCUGAUAUUUUACUAUACACAUUCAUUCACAUAGAAAGUCUGGCCAAAAAACACCAUGUUUUAUGUGGGUAAACAAUAACCUAUUAACAAGCAAUAAACCCGAAAAUGAAGAGAAAGCAACAACAGAAAGAGCAAAGUUCGGCGACGUAAUGAUAAUGAAAAAUCAAGUCUAAUUUGGCUUUUGGCUUCUCUGCUCUAUCCCGGGUAUGUGUAUUUCUCUGCUCUCUCCCGGGUAUGUGUAUUUCUCUGCUCUCUCCCGGGUAUGUGUAUUUCUCUGCUCUAUCCCGGGUAUGUGUAUUUCUCUGCUCUAUCCCGGGUAUGUGUAUUUCUCUGCUCUAUCCCG